AUGCUUUGCUCCAUGCCUACCACUUCAUUCAACUUAUUUUGGCCGCAACCCCCUCAAUAUCGGCCAUCUCAAUGGACCCUGAACAUCACACAAAACCAUAAAUCAGGGCUAUCCAAGGACUUUCCGGUCAACUUUUACGUUCAUACCCCCCAAGAACAGAGCAAAGCAUACAUCGUGAAAUUUCGAUGCCUACCAAACGUAACUUUCUGGUCGACUUUCUACGUUCACAUCCCAAAGAACAAAAUCCAUUCAAGGAGCAAUAUACGUGGCCAACUAUCCCAAAAUUUCUACUCAAGAACUGGUAGUCCCAAUAUCCGGCCAAAUCAUCCACGUACAAUCAAACGAAACACUCAAAUACACCAAACAAAAGUUCUAUUCAGAAACCGUUAAGCGUAGUCAGUUCCACCAAAACCGUCCCAGCAAUUACCUUAAAAACGACUAAACAGCCCACUAAAUACGCAAAUGUAAACGGUCAAAGAUGUAUUUCAUUACAUCAAAUAUAUGGAUUUGCUGAUUAUAUAUCGCAAUCAUCAUACAAGGCUUGGCUCUUUUC